GUCAGUCAGUUUGUGUCACCUAAUAACACAUUAAGCCGCUACCAAAACAAAAACACAACCGGUUUCGUAAAGCUGGAGAGGGUCAUCCCCAAACUUUUGCUCUCUUAAAUAACAUCCAUAUUGCACGUGAAGAUCUUGCUGUGAACAAUUAAGAGGGGUUUUAGUAAUUGCAGAAACCCUUUUAAAAAAGAGCGGUCUUUGUUAUGUGUAUCUGAUUGGCAAUUGGCAAGCUACGUGUUUAAAAUUUGGAAUUAUGUGUAACCAUUAGCCUGCAAAGUUCAAUUACUGUUGUAUUUGGAUUUAUUCAAGAGAAUUUUUAUUAAUGUAUUUGUGUCUCAGCAAAUAUAAUUUAAAAGGGACAACUAGAGAUAAAAACGCACUAAACACGAACAAUUAGAAGUAUCCUUUUACUUCAUGGAUAUUUUAUAAAGAAAUAAAGUAUCAUCUUGUAUUUAAGUUGGUUAUCUAACUUUCCAUUUCAUUAACUGUGUAAACCAACCUGGUUUAUUCCCACGCGAAUCUGUCAAGAGCGUUUAUUUAUCACCGAAAUUGAUGGUGUCCUUUUGAAAAGCCGGAAGCAAUCUCCUGGCUGGUGGGCUGCAUUUCCUCAUUUCUACGCCAGUGGGUUAGUGGAAUCCACCGCAGCACCUUCACCAGCGCAGUGGUGGCCAGCCGAGAGCCCAUUACACCGAGAGCCGCCAUACAAAGUAAAACCAGUUUUGGGGCGCUAAAGAGCGGGUCAGCCCCCACUUUAGCUCUCUUAGCCGUUUCAGCGGUUAACUCCGCUGCCGAAAAUACAAUUUUGCACAUUCGCCAAUUGGGCUUGGGAGUCUGAAGCGGUCGGUCGGACUCAAAACAACGUAGUCGCGCUUGCCCAACCCAGUAUCACCUGUGUGUUUCAACCAGAGAUGAGUGAUUAGUGAGUGAGUGCCACAGACUGCAGUGAAUCUAAGCAAAGAUCAGUGGGCCAGUGACCCCCUAAGUGAUUUAGCCGCCAUGAGAUUGAUCUGGCUGCAGCUCCUGGCUGCCGGAGGAGCUCUCUACCUGUCUAUCGGUUGUGCAACGGCCGCCAAGGCAUCCACAAGCCGCGGAGUUGCACAAUACAAGCUCCCGCUCCCGGCUCCAUUGCCAGCCCACGAAACUGCGACAAUUUCAGGAGCGGAUCAGGCCAGGCGAUCUCCUCAGCAGGGUGCAUCCAAUCAGAGGCGAAUCGCCCAGGUCGUCCGCAGGCGAAGACCCACCUCUUCAUCCACAACAUCAACCACCACGACCACCUCCACAAGUACGACAACAACAACAUCAACCACGACAACGACAACCACUCCGCGUCCCACUUUGGCCAACGGCUUUAAUUUCUUCAAUCCGAACUUCUGGAGCUUCGGGCAGCAGAGUGUCGUGGCAGUGCGUCCACCAACCAAACAACCCCAUCCGCCCAAGAAGUUCAGUCCCAAGGAGGACAAGUCCAGUCAGCGAAAGCCGUUGAAGACCACAAGGAAACCGGCGACCGAGAGAAAUACCACAACAAUCAAAAAUCUAAAAAGUAAAUCUACAACCACCACCCAGAAACCCUCCACAGAUGGACCCUUUCGCAUUGCCCUGCCCACUCUGAAUUUUCCCAGCUCUGAAAAGGAUAAGGAAAAUGAUAAGGAGAAGGGCAAGCGGGCGGCUGCCGAGCUUCGACUGAGGUUUGAUUGCCCGCGGGAAAACGAGGUGAGGUUCCAGCUCUUUCCCAAAAUCUGCAAAUCAGAUAGGGACUGUGCCGUCUGGCAGAGGGAUGAGCUAUGCUGUGAUAUCUUCGGAGCCAGCAGCUGUGUCUCCGGUGUGCCAAAGCCCCUCGAGGAGACUCCACAUGCCCCCAUCCUGGGCUUAAUACCUCGCAAGUGCCCCAGUAGACCGCUGGCCGAGCUCUGGUGGGAUGUCCAGGAGUGCUCCUCGGACAUGGACUGCUGGCCACGGGUCUGUUGUCCGGAUGGCAGGCGAAGGUACUGCCGAACAUCCCAACCAGAUUUGGAAACAGCCCCAGUGCCUGUGAAGCGUUCCUUCGACUAUCUUACGGAGUACCUAGAAUGCACGGCUCCUCCCCCGCCCAUUUUCGAUCUGCAUCCAAAGGCAUGCACCUCAACCCUGGACUGUUUCCCGAACGUCUGCUGCCAGGAGGCGGGUCUGAGGCACUGUCGGCCUCCCAAGAAGUCUGUGCUCACACUGAUGGCCAAUUUUCUCAACGUUGACUUCGUGAAGCGCUUGGCACAAAACAUUGUUAUCAAGUAGGCCUCGAAUUUCCCACUAUUUUGUACAUUUUGUGUCUGCGUCGACCACCUUCAAUGGAACCAUUUCGAAACUGCCGUGAUAUCUCGCCCGUGUUUGUUUGGCCACGCUGAUAACCAAAAACAAGAAAAAAGAAAACACGCCUUCACAUAUGUACGUUUCAUAUAUGUAACUAUACUGCGCACUAAGUGUUCCCAAUCGAUUCACCCAUACUCCUCCAUUAAUCUUCACUUAGCCUAGUAUUAGACAUAAGAUUCAUUCGUAGGCUAACAAAUUAAAUUCGAACCAUAAACUCC